AGGCAGAGCGAAACGCACGCCAGUGCGGAUCUUGGUGCUUCGGGUCAUGCUGUACUGGAAGGGGGUGAAAGAAUCAGGGAACCUGGUCCUUCAAUUCUGCAAACUCGAACUCGCCCAUCAAAUGCACGACCUCAGGGCCGUGGGCAAUUCCACUCUCAAUCCCAGUCUCAGUCCGAUUCACACACCCAGCUUUCAACGGGGAUGAAAAACGCGUCGUAUGAGAGCAUACCCGUUGCAACAGGUGGCACGAUGAAAUCGCUCCACAUUCCAAAGAUCCCACCCGCGCCGGACGCCAGGAACGCGGAACGUUUGAUACAGGUUGUACAGCAAGGUAACAAGAUACCGAAAGCCGCGCUUGGGGGCCAGCAACAGGGAGUAGGAGCAGGAACUAGGUCUCAGCAGGCUGUCUCUGCAGAGGGUCCUGCGCCAGCGCGCCGGCGUACCGCAGGCUUGCACCUAUCCUUCGCACCCGAGCAAAAGAGGGUGCGCAGACGAUACCUGCCAGAGGGAUACGUGCCCGGGGAUACGUAUCGAUCAUUGGACGAAUUUGUGCGUGAAGCGCGAGAUCGUCGACAUCGAGGACGACGGGGACGAAAAGAACGUGGAUCAUCAGGCUUGGCGGCAUCCGGGAAGAGUAGUGGUGGAGGUUCGAGACGCGGAAGUCGAAGUUCGGCAGCUGGCUCUACUGCCGCAUUGUCCAGUAGCAGUAGCAGCUCUUCUUCUAGCUCUAGCUCGUCGGAUAGUGGUUCGAGCUCGAGCUCUUCAAGCAGCUCCUCGGAAGGCGGAUACGGCUUGACGAUAGCUCGGCUACGGGCUUUCUUCGGAGACGAUUCCUCUUCAAGCUCAUCGUCUAGUUCCAGCUCUUCCAGCAGCUCUUCUUCGAGUAGCUCAUCCCGCAGAUCGGCGUCCGGUCAAUCGAUCACCAGCUCCGUCUCCGGUCGUUCAGCAAGAUCCUCGCGCAGUGGCCGCUCGCGACACCAGCAUCACGGCAGCAGCAAGAAUCGUAGAAGGAGCCGACGCAGGGCGGCAAGCCGCGCGGCAUCUAGCAGUCGCAGAUCGGCCAGUCCGGGCGGCUCACCCGUCUCCAUGCGGCACCUCAAUACAUCUGUCAUCGGACCAAUCGUGAAUGAAUUUGUUGAGCGUCGCCGACGCGGUGGAGGAGGACAGUCAUCGCGUUCUGCUCGCCGAGGAAUUAAAGCAGGCAAACAAGCAGCAAAGCGCGCCAAAGCUCGUGAGAAGCAGCUCAUUGAACAGGGUAUCCUGCCGCCGAAACCUAGCAAGCAUGCCAGGCACAAAGCAAAACGCGCUAAAGAGGCUGCUGGGGGUGUGACGCGCUACACAAUGUUUACUCCUGUUCCCCUCCCAAUCCCUUUACCGGGACAGCCGCUGUCCAUGCCCAAUACCGUGGCCCAAGGUCAAGCGGCAGGCAGAGCCCUCUCUGCUAAUCGAAGGCACACGCAUCGCACACACCAUAUGAGUGGAGUGGGCGCGGUCAGCGGAAACCUUCACCCUGCUGCAAAAUUCUUUGAGACCGGAGAAGCCAGCAAGGUACUGCAGACCAUCUCGUUGCUAGCUGUCAAGCAGCAGCUGUACGCAUUGCGCGCAACUCGCAGGCAGCAAGAUGCUGCAGUAGGAGACCUCGCUGGAGAAAGGAGCGAAAGGAGAGUGGAAGCCACCAGUGGUAACGAUUUCCGUAGUCACGCCUAUCGAAAGAGGAGCAACGACACUCGGCCGGCCUUGGAUCUAGAUGCAGAAGCCGGAGACCUCGCGUUGCCGCCUCCAGCAUUGGAUCUGGAAAAGACAGCACUAGAGAAUCUUUCGUCACACACCCGUGAUAGAGGCCUCUCCAGCAAACAAGCUUCACAGGAUGCUGCCGAUGACGCAGGGCGGGACGAGCGAGAGCUUGCGUGGCAACACAUGAGCGACAUCCCGCUAAGCCCCCAUAUCAACUUCGCACUUGAGUUCUCGCGUGGACUUUCGACUAUCCAUGCUCCAAUACCGUAUCCUGUCGCCUCUACAAUUACGGACAUCUCGAUGCGCGCACAUGCUCCUGAUGGCUUUGAUGCUUCCUAUCAUAAUACUUCAGCAACGACACCAACGGGUGUAGGAGCAGUCAAAAGCUCCUUUUCUCCGCCUCCGCCUAAGGAUGACUGGCCACAGACUCUAACGUUUUGCAACAGGAGUCGCGAGAAAAAGUGGAUGUGUUCGAGAAGUUGGGCUACUACUUCGUGGUCAUCCGCGCGAUAGACGAGCGCUACUUCCGCUACACCUCCGGCACUGCAUCCAACCCGGCAGAGACAAUCAAUGAAACUGCGUCGGCUACGCUCCCGAAGAUGAUUUUCAAAGAGGACAACGAUGUCAAUUCAUUUGAGAUGCAGGAACGCAACACCGAGAAGGUGCUGUCAAAGCUUGGCAGUCACACUGCAGACUCCCACAAAGAUCUA